UCUUCAACUAGGAUGAUGGAUUUCUUGGAGGAGCCAAUCCCUGGUGUGGGGACCUAUGAUGAUUUCAAUACAAUUGAUUGGGUGAGAGAGAAGUCUCGAGACCGGGAUAGGCAUCGAGAGAUUACCAAUAAAAGCAAAGAAUCAACAUGGGCCUUAAUUCACAGUGUGAGUGAUGCUUUUUCUGGCUGGUUGUUGAUGCUACUUAUUGGGCUUUUAUCAGGUUCCCUAGCUGGCUUGAUAGACAUCUCUGCUCAUUGGAUGACAGACUUAAAAGAAGGUAUAUGCACAGAAGGAUUGUGGUUUAACCAUGAACACUGUUGCUGGGACUCCGAUCAGGUCACCUUUGAAGACAAAGACAAAUGCCCAAAGUGGAAUAGCUGGUCUCAGCUUCUCAUCAGCACAGAAGAGGGAGCCUUUGCUUACAUAGUCAAUUAUUUCAUGUAUGUCCUCUGGGCUCUACUGUUUGCCUUCCUUGCCGUAUCUCUUGUCAAGGUGUUUGCACCUUAUGCCUGUGGCUCCGGAAUCCCUGAGAUAAAAACUAUCUUGAGUGGUUUUAUUAUUAGGGGCUACUUGGGUAAGUGGACCCUGAUUAUCAAAACCAUCACGUUGGUGCUGGCAGUGUCUUCUGGUUUGAGCCUGGGCAAAGAGGGCCCUCUAGUGCAUGUGGCUUGCUGUUGUGGGAACAUCCUGUGCCACUGCUUCAACAAAUACAGGAAGAAUGAAGCUAAACGCAGAGAGGUCUUGUCGGCUGCAGCAGCAGCUGGUGUGUCUGUCGCCUUUGGGGCACCUAUUGGAGGAGUAUUAUUCAGCCUUGAAGAGGUCAGCUACUAUUUUCCCCUCAAAACACUGUGGCGUUCGUUCUUUGCUGCCUUGGUGGCAGCAUUUACCCUACGCUCCAUCAAUCCAUUUGGGAACAGCCGUCUGGUUCUGUUUUACGUGGAGUUUCACACCCCGUGGCAUCUCUUUGAGCUUGUGCCAUUCAUUCUGCUGGGCAUAUUUGGUGGUCUGUGGGGAGCUUUAUUUAUCCGCACAAACAUUGCCUGGUGUCGGAAGCGUAAGACCACCCAAUUGGGCAAGUAUCCUGUCAUAGAGGUACUUGUUGUGACAGCCAUCACUGCCAUCCUGGCUUUCCCCAAUGAGUACACCCGAAUGAGCACAAGUGAGCUAAUUUCUGAACUAUUUAAUGACUGUGGCCUUCUGGACUCUUCUAAGCUCUGUGAUUAUGAGAACCAUUUCAACUCAAGCAAGGGUGGUGACCUGCCUGACAGACCUGCUGGUGCGGGAGUCUACAGUGCCAUGUGGCAGCUGGCCUUGACACUCAUAUUGAAAAUUGUCAUUACUAUAUUCACCUUUGGCAUGAAGAUCCCUUCUGGUCUCUUUAUCCCUAGCAUGGCCGUUGGUGCUAUAGCAGGUCGACUUUUAGGAGUAGGAAUGGAACAAAUGGCUUAUUACCACCAUGACUGGGCCAUCUUCAAUAGCUGGUGUAGCCAAGGAGCUGAUUGUAUCACUCCUGGCCUUUAUGCAAUGGUUGGGGCUGCAGCCUGCUUAGGUGGAGUGACUCGAAUGACUGUUUCUCUUGUUGUCAUAAUGUUUGAACUAACUGGUGGCUUGGAAUACAUUGUGCCUCUGAUGGCUGCGGCAAUGACAAGCAAAUGGGUGGCAGAUGCUCUUGGGCGGGAAGGCAUCUAUGAUGCCCACAUCCGUCUCAAUGGAUACCCCUUUCUUGAAGCUAAAGAAGAGUUUGCUCAUAAGACCCUGGCAAUGGAUGUGAUGAAACCCCGGAGAAAUGAUCCUUUGUUGACUGUCCUUACUCAGGACAGUAUGACUGUGGAAGACGUAGAGACCGUAAUCAGCGAAACCACUUAUAGUGGCUUCCCAGUAGUGGUGUCCCGGGAGUCCCAAAGGCUUGUGGGUUUUGUCCUCCGAAGAGAUCUCAUUAUUUCAAUUGAAAAUGCUCGUAAAAAACAGGAUGGAGUUGUGAGCACAUCCAUCAUUUAUUUCACUGAGCAUUCUCCUCCAAUGCCACCAUACACUCCACCUACUCUAAAGCUUCGGAACAUCCUGGAUCUCAGCCCCUUCACUGUGACUGACCUUACCCCCAUGGAGAUCGUUGUGGAUAUCUUCCGCAAGCUGGGACUGCGACAGUGCCUGGUUACACACAAUGGGCGAUUGCUUGGAAUCAUUACCAAGAAGGAUGUGUUAAAGCAUAUAGCACAGAUGGCGAACCAAGAUCCUGAUUCCAUUCUCUUCAACUAGAAUCACAGGGUUGUGCUGGAUUCAAAACAGAAAGGACAUUGCAGACCGUGGAUAUAUUUUAUUAACUGGCUAUGCUGCUAACCAGGUACAGGCCAGAAAGGAGUUGAGCCUGAUAGACAGCACCCAGGUCAUAUCACUUAAGGAUGACACUGAUGUCAUGAUGGUGACUCUUCUUCAUUUGACCAAGGCCAACAUCAUGCUCUUACCUCUAUCCAUUCAUCUCUGGCUAUGGGAGAAAUACCACCCUUUGGGUGAGCCAAUGAGGCCAGAAGGAUCAGAGGGUUCUAGCCCAUGGGCCACUAUAGGAAUAUCUCUGUAAUAAGCUCAUUCAUAGGACAGGCUCCAGCUAUGGUAGCCAAAGAAAAUCUGUCUAACUAAACAUUUUAGUUCAUAAGAGUUGGUAGAAGUUUAGCUGAAGCUAAUGUAUAGACAUCAACUAGGCAACCAAAGCUAAUAUAGCCUGAGUUUCCACAAGAAGCUGAGCUGUUCAGAGUGUUUAUUUAUCUGAAUGUUGCCGACCCUUAUAGUCAUGCUUUCUUAGCUUUAUUCUAACUUUUAGAGAUGUUGGUCCCUGUUCAUAGGUACAGCCUGUACCAAAGCUGUGAGUCACUGCUCACUUCAUUCUGCUCCUUGGUCAUGCAUAGCAAGUCUAAAAAGGAAGACAUGGGCUGGGGAGUUAUGUAUUCCCUAUGCUUCUACUAACUAGCCUCGAGAUCUUAACCGUUCUGUGCCUCAGUGUUCCCAUCUGUAAAAUGGGGAUAGUGUUAAUUGCCCUACCUACCUCACAGGGUUGUUGUGAGGAUAAAUUGAGACAAUGAAUGGAAAGUACUUUGAUGAGUAAGUGCUAUGCAAAUUGUAUGAAAUGGAAAUAAUCAUGUUAAAGGCAAUGGAAUGGACAUUGGCAGAAGGGUUAAUGGGAUUGUCUAGUCCUUUCUCUGUGUGGCUUAAACCCAGGUUGCCAUUGCUUUAUACAUUUCCACUUAGCACAGAUUUGUAAUUAUGCAUGUAAUAAAGCACAGCC